AUGCUACCACUCCCGCCUCUCUCCCCGGCUGAAACGCUGGUUGAUCAUGGACCCAAGAAACUUUCUCUCGCUCGCAGACUAAUUUUACUGGCUAUGUUCUGUCUUGCCCAGUUUUUAGAUUCUUUCAAUAACUCAGCUCUCUUCUCCGCAAUCCCUAGACUCGAGGUAUCCAUGGGUAUGACUGAAAGUCAAUCCACUUGGAUUAUCAGUGCAUUCCAGUUGACCUUUGCAUCUUUUCUGCUUAUCAGCGGCCGCAUUAGCGACGUAUAUAACCCAAAAAGUGUGUUCAUUGGGGGUGUAUCUGGUCUUGGUGUCAUCUCACUGUGUGCUGGAUUUGUUAAUGACACCAUUCUGGUCAUCGUUCUUAGGGCGUUGAGUGGAAUAGCUUCUUCAAUGACAAUCCCCUCUGCCCUAAUACUCCUGGUCAAUGUAUUCCCCGAACCGCUUGAACAAGCUCGGGCAAUAGGGUUAUUUGGUGGCUGUGGCAGCGUCGCUAACAUCCUCGGUCUCGUGAUCAGUGCAAUGUUUGUCGAAUGGGCAUCUUACCAUUGGGUGUUUUGGUUUGUAGCCAUUGUGGCUGUGCCAGUGGCUCUGGCAUGUGUCUUCAUCAUACCGCCAGAAAUUUCAAAGACCACAGACAAUCUUGAACCUGCAGUAGCGAAAUGGAAAAGUCUUGACUUAAUCGCAGUAAGCAUCCUAACUGUUGCCUUAAUUUUGUUCAUCUUCGCUGUGACAUCCGGCUCCACUGAUGGCUGGCCAUCUGCAAUAGUGCUGGUCCCGCUGAUCAUAUCAAUUUUAAUGGUGAUUGGGUUUUUCUACUGGGAAACACUCAUACCCGUGGACAAAGCUGCAAUACCACCCCGAACAUGGUUUUACCACAAUUUUUCCAUUCUUUUUGCCGUCGCGCUCUUACCAUACCUUUGGUGGAGCACAGUGUUCACGAUUUUUACCACCCUGUGGCAAAACGUAUUUGAGUGGUCGGUCAUAUCAUUGGCUGUACACAUGUUCCCGAUUGGUAUCAUGGCCUUCGCUAUGAGUUUCACCGGAUUGCUUUCUCGCAUCUUCAGUCCAAAAUGGAUUAUUCUCACUGGUCUGUCCUUUUGCAUGAUCGCUACUGUAUUGCUGGCACUUGGUGGGGGGGAGCCCCAGGAUUAUUGGUCAUAUAUAUUGCCAGCUUUUGCUCUAGGAAGCGCAGGGGCCAUGCUGACGUAUACACACACAAAGCCAUCCGAGCAUGGGGGCUCACAUGAGUUUUAUGGACGAGCCGCAACAUUUUGGUUCCUCUUUGCACUUGUCUCUAUUCAAUUCAUUUCAGUAUCAAUAUUCUAUGACCGCAGUACGGACCACACACCCCAACCAAAACACGGCAACCCCGUAAAUCCUGCUCAACUGAGUACACACCUUGACCAAAAGCUUUCACAAUGUGAACAGUGA